UCGAGGAGGCAGUCGAGGAGGCAGUGUGAGUGUUGGGACGGGACACCGCUUUGUUCGGCGGUAGGGGAGGGGAGACCGACACUGUGGCUCUGCUAGGAGCGUUAGAUCGGAUCUGCUGGGGCGGACGACCCUGUCUCAUCUCUGCCCGGCUGUGGUAUCAACGCGCGGCUCAGACAUUCGCCUUCCUUGCCUGGACUCUGAGGAUCUCCGUCCAGGGAUGUCAAAGCGAGUCCGAAGCAGGGAGGUCUGCGCUGAUUGCAGCGCUCCGGAGCCACGCUGGGCUUCUGUUAACAGGGGGGUGUUGAUCUGCGAUGAGUGCUGCAGCAUCCAUCGAGGUCUGGGGCGACACAGCUCCCAAGUCCGACACCUCACCCACUCUCCGUGGCCACCGUCCCAGUUACAGAUGGUGCAGACGCUGUAUGGCAAUGGAGCUAAUUCCAUAUGGGAGCACAGCCUUCUGGACCCUUCCUCCUCAGUGAGUGGGAAGCGUAAAGCAAAUCCCCAGGACAGAGUUCAUCCCAACAAGACAGAGUUCAUCAAGGCCAAAUAUCAAAUGCUGGCGUAUGUCCAUAGAAUGCCUUGUCGGGAGGAUGAUAGUGUAACCGCAAAAGACCUCAGCAAGCAACUACAUUCCAGUGUUCGGACUGGAAACCUGGAGACCUGCCUCAGACUCUUGUCUUUGGGAGCACAGGCCAACUUCUUCCAUCCAGAGAAGGGAAACACCCCACUACACAUAGCAGCAAAAGCAGGUCAGGUGUUACAAGCAGAGCUGUUGGCAGUUUAUGGAGCUGAUCCUGGAGCUCUGGACUCCAGCGGAAAGACCCCCAUUGAUUAUGCAAGACAAGCUGGGCACCAGGAGCUGGCAGAGAGGCUCAUGGAGAUCCAGUAUGAACUCACUGACCGGUUAACAUUUUACCUUUGUGGUAGAAGACCGGAUCACAGAAAUGGGCAACACUUCAUCAUUCCUCAAAUGGCAGACAGAAAUAACAGUCUGGAUUUGUCGGAGUUUGCAAAAGCUGCAAAGAAGAAGCUGCAGUCGCUAAGUAACCAUCAGUUUGAAGAACUUGCCAUGGAUGUUUAUGAUGAAGUCGACAGAAGGGAAACAGAUGCUGUGUGGCUGGCCACUCAGAACCACAGCACACUUGUGACUGAUACCACGGUUGUACCUUUUCUGCCAGUCAACCCAGAGUACUCAUCUACCAGAAACCAGGGUCGCCAAAAAUUGGCAAGGUUCAGUGCUCAUGAAUUUGCUACCCUGGUGAUCGAUAUCCUAACUGAUGCUAAACGACGGCAGUGGGGUAACUCCUGUGACAGUCCCAAAGAGAAUGUAGAGCUGAUCCUUCAGGGAAUAGACAGUCGCCACAACAGUGAGAGCCAGGACAAUGAUCAGCCAGAUUACGACAGUGUUGCAUCAGACGAAGAUCCAGUCCAAGAGGCCACUUGUGGGGACAGCUGCAACGAUGGAAGGACCAAGAGCUCGGAGUCGUCUGACCUCUCUGAUGGACCAAUCACAGUGCAGGAAUUCAUGGAGGUGAAGAGCGCCCUUACUGCGUCAGAAGCCAAAAUACAGCAGCUUCUCAAAGUCAACUGUCAUCUCAGUGAAGAGCUGCGGUCGAUGCAGAGCAAGUUGAGCUCCCUGCAAACUGAAAACACAACCCUGCGAUGGCAGACCCCCAGUGGACAGCAAAACACCCAGGGGCCCCUUGGUCGACAUCCACCCCGCGGAGGUCGCGCCAUAUCGAUGUAUGAGACAGGAUCUAAUCCGAAGCAGUUCUCCCACCGAGCCGAAACAGCCAGGCAUGAGGAUGGAGUCGUUUUACAACCUUUCCCAACCAAUAUUGGGAGGGGUCCUUUGGGGACGGCUGCUUCCUCCCUCCCUACCUUCCCCUCCUCCCUGUCCUGGUCGAGGGACGAGAGAUCUCGAAGGGGCUGUAGUUUGGAGGGACGGAGUACCAUGCUGGAGAGUGACAACGACACUACACCGAACCACUCUGAAAUGGAGGAGACUGGAAGCCCUCCUUCAGCCUCUGAUACUAUGGAGCCAGAGGCGGAGGGUGAGGAAGACGCCACCCUGCCGUGCACAGAGGACGUCAUCUGUAAGACAGAGCAGAUCACUAAGAACAUACAGGAGCUUCUGAGGGCUGCUCAGGAGACUAAACAUGAAAGCUUUCUGCCGUGCUCUGAAAAGAUUUGUAUGGCCGUGAAGGAGAUGGCCGCCCUGUUUCCCAAGAGGCCGUCCUCUGAGACCGUGCGAGGGUCUCUGUGUUUGCUCACUUCGAGCGCCAGCCGGCUGCACGGAGAGUGCCACAAGGCCGCAGAUCACAGCCCGUGCCCGUCGGACAUCCAGCUGGUCACCCAGCAGGUCAUCCAGUGCGCCUAUGACAUUGCCAAAGCCGCCAAGCAACUUGUCACUGUGACAACCAAAGAAAAUAACAACUAACUAAAACCCAAAGACCUUUCGAAUGCGCUCAAAAUACAGCUCAUCAAUGAUUUUGCUCAUUUCAUCUUAAUCGGUUCACACCAUUUUUCUGUUUUCCCACAUUAAUAGUGUGAUCAUUUCAAUACAUUCCUUGAGAUGGUGAAAUCUGUACAAAACAUAUACAAUGCAAAAUUAUGGAACAUUCAACAGCGUUAUUUCCUUGAUGGUUGUUGUACCGUGACACAAAUAUUACAAAACAGGUUAUAUUCUUAACCUCACCUCAUUAGUUGAAACCACACAAUUUUCAAAAGCGCAAGGUGUGUUUAUGUGCAUAUAAAACAAUCAGCAAAACAAGCAGUUGAGCUUUUACAUUGUACUUAGGUAAACACCAGAGGUCAUCAGUUGUGCUCCUUGAGUCGUGUUUCUGUUGCUGACGUGAACAAAAGUCUGCAAGACACAGAACAGAUGAAUCUUAAUCUAUUCCAGUGACAAUUUACUUUAGCCUUUUCAUUUUUUUUUUAAUGCAACAACAGUGUUUAAAUCUUGAAUCAUGAUGCCACUCGCUUAGAUGUAAGUCUGUGUAUUAAGCAAACUGGUUAGGAAACAUGGUGUCAGUGCAUUGAGCAGCAUGUGAGUACGGAGUGUGUGAACUUCAAUUCCAUCCAGUCCCUUCGCUCUGGUUGAAGGUGUGUAAGUAAAGUUUCAGUCGUUUUUUGGAGUUCUAAUGUUACAGCUAUAUAUCUGGUGUAUGCAAGUGCGUUUGUGUGAGUGCGUGUGUGUGUGUGUGUGUCACAGAUGGCCCGUGUGAAAUCCAUUUUGAAUCAAUUUUAAUAGUGUUAUGCAAAUAUAUAAGAUGUAUGUAUCCAUGUAAUUCUUUAUCAAAAUAACCCAAAUGCUAUUAUAUUUAUAAAGUGUAUGUCAUACCUCUAAGAAAAUACCAAUGUUUAUUUUCAUAAGCUUUUGUUUAACAUGAUGCUCCUCACAGGUUAACGUGUGUUCUGAGGUUUGGGACGUCUCAGCCUGCAGUUAGUUACAAGACAACUUGUGAUCUCUUUGUUUCAUUCGGUGUGGUGCUGUAACUCUGGUGUGUUAGACGCCGCCUGUGGUCGAAUACGUACUGCCAUGGUUUACAAUCAGUGAUAAAGUAAAUGUGCCCUCUGAGUUAGAGAACCUGUUGUAGAACUUGGGUCCAAUGUGUCACUCAUUGUCGUGAGCCAGGUACGUUUGAGCGAGGGGUGGAAAGACGACUAGAAUACCGUACACAAGAGGAGUGCAGUCACCUGCGUUUGAAUGUAUCUGUAAAAUAUCUCUUUCAAAAAAGUUGCACACAUCGGUUACUAAUGUGGUCAAAGAGCCAGUGUUGCAUCCUGACUAUAACCACUGAAAUAUAAAUGUCUUCAGAUCGAUUCCUUAAGCAAAUUCUCUCAAAUUCAUUGAACUUUUCAGAACGCCUUCUCAUAAGGAUGCAUGGAGAAGGAAAAAGAGGUUCAAAGUAAAGUACAGAAUUUAUCAUUAAAGAGCCAUUUGUAAGUUUUGUUAUCAAGAAAGCCAACAGACUGUUUACUUAUGAGGUUUACCAAGAGCUUGAGCUAAUGUUCACAUUACAUGAGGUUUCAAUCUGUACGGAGACGAUAAGGGUUAACGCUGGGCUUCAUAUGAGUUAAGUCUGUUAAUUACUAAAGUAUUAAGUGAUCCUUUUUUCUCUCCUCAAUCUGUACUCGAGGUCCUGUAGCUUUGAGCUUCAGCUGCAUCGCAUAGUCUGAGUUACUCAGUAGUUGUUAGCGUGCACAUCGGCAACUGGACCUGCUCGUGUUUCUGCCUAUGUACACUUGUACAACUGAUGAUACCGUGCCAUGAUGACUGAGAAUCUGAACAGAUAUAUAUUUUUUGUACGUUUUGAAAAAGAUAUUUAUUUUGUUCCUUUUUCUUGUAAUGUGUGAUGACAGAACUGUUUUAUCAUUAAGCACACGUUAUUUUCACUUUCCCUUUUUUUUUAAAAUGAUGCAACAACCAGUGUUAAUUUCACUUUUAAUUAACUUUAAAACUUCAUUGGAGAAUUCUAAAGCAAGACCUUGUGACCUUUGCUGAACUGUGGCCAUAACUAACAGGAUCAAAUGUGAAGGUGAUGUAAAUGUAGAUCAAGGAUAGUGUGAUAUCUUAAUGUCAGUGAAACUAGUGGCCAUUUAAAGCCAAUUAGGGUAAUUCAGUGAUGAUAAUUUCAGUGCUGGUGAAUUCAGAAUGUCAUUUGUAAGAGGAGGAAGGUUUUACUUUCAGUUUGCAAAGUCAGCUGUUUUUUUCUUUAUUAUUACAAUAAAUCAUCAAUCGAAACAAACACAACCUGCCGGGGUCUUGACAACAUUAACUCCAGUGACUUAACGAACUGGUUGUAAAAAGGUACAUGAAGUGUGAAGUGUUCAGUAUUCAGUUGCUCUCCGCUCCUGGUUUCAGCCCUGACAUUGAAUUCCCUGUAGUGUGCCACGGUCCCUGUGGUUGAAAACACUCCCUGCCUCAGCUAUAAUAAAGUAUAACUCGUACCUC